GUAAGAUAAGAGCGUAAUGUUGCUCCACAGGGCGUGGAUGUCAUAAGGCAGGUGGAUGCGCCAAAAUUCUAGCUCGUAAUGAGGGUGACAAGGAAAAUAUUAUUUAUGUGGGGUAAUAGGCUUGUGUGGGGCUGGUGAGGUUUUUUAAGUAUGUCCUUCCCCCGGCCAGAUCCUCGGUCAGGCCUGAAACCUCCCUACACUUCGCCCCACCAGAAAUCACUCAAACGAAGAGGCAGGUCGAUGCGCAACUCCCCCCUAUAAAAAAACCACCCACCGGAUAUGGAUUCGGUCGAUCGAUCCCGUUCUAUUCGACGUAAUCGUACUGGAUGUUGGAAUUGCAAAAGUGAUGUCUCGACUCCUGCAAGUAUCAGGGAUGCUGGCUAACCUGACACCCAGGAGAGCUGAUGAAACGCCUGGCCGGCCCGAACUCUCACUACCGCCGUCGUUGAGUGCGCUGCCACGUCUAGAGUACAACGAUGGCGCAUUGCUGCAAUAUUAUACACAAGAAUGGUCUGCUCAUCGAGUCCUUUCCAAAAAACUGGAAAACCCGUUCCAACGAUUGAUAUUACCUCGAGCAUUUCAAUUUAGCCCCCUCUUACACAUGAUCAUGAGCCUAGCAGCUCACGACUUAUUUAACCGAACUCAUGCGGACCAACAGCAUCAACGUCAGGAAUUCUAUUCGUCUAUGCUUCAACACAAACUGCGGUCACUCCAGGACGUGCGGCAACUUUUAUGCAGCAGCAAGGGCCUGGACGAUACCUAUGAUUCCAUAAGUCAAUGCGAGAGGGAUGGCCUUUUGAUGGCUGUUAUGCUGCAUAGUCUGAUGGAAAUCGCCACAAAUAGUACCAGCGAAUGGGCUGUACAUACCCUUGGAGGGCUGUCCAUGGUAAAACGAUAUGGGCACGAACCAUUCAGUCCAGAAGUUUAUCGUUUUGUUACCGAUUACUUCUCGCUUUCCGAAGCUUUUCUUGCUACCACAGGGACUGAGCUUGAGAUUGAAGACCUAAAUGGCUGGCUAGUACCACAGCGAAAGUCCAUGUUUCCAAUAUUGAGAUCAAUGCAUGGCCGCUCACAGAUCAACCCUUACACAGGGCUAUCAUCAGAGCUUAUCCAAAACAUUACUUCGAUAACUUCAACUAUCCAGCGUCAUUCGGGAGCAGGUUCAGAUAGGAAAAGUGCGGCCGUCAUGCGUAUGGAGUUGCAAGCCGUAGAGAACCGACUCAGUGAAUUAGAGCAGUGGUCUGAAGAUUCUGACAUGGAAAGUCUGAUUUAUCUCAAUGCGGCGGCAUUCGAGGCUGCAGCCUGGGUAUAUCUUCGAGUGGCUCAGUAUGGGUGUGAUGCGGAAGAGAUACAAAAAAAGCUAAUGCCAAAGCUGUUUGAGGCGAUACGCCGAGUUCACGAACGGCAGGAUGCUCUUGUCGGGUCAGUGCCGUACCCGCUAUGGGCUCUGUUCAUUGCAGCUUGUCUUGCCCCCGAGCACGAAAGAAUCCAGGUGUUGGGCUGGUUCGAAGAGCUCAAGGGGUGCCGCUCACUCAGCAAUGUGUCUAGUACGAUGGAGGCGACGAUGAUGGUUUGGAAACAACACGAUUUGAAGUUAAUUAAUGGGCACCCAAGGGGGGGCAGAGUAUCAGGAGUCCCUUGGCACGAAGCUAUCCGAUGCCUUGGUUGGAUGCUGUCGCUCAUGUGA